AUGAGGAUGAUGGAGACGGGUCCGUCCUCAUCCAUAAGCAUGACCGGGGAUCAUGUGGAUGAGGAGGUGAUGGCAGCGAUGGGACUCGGGCUCUUCAUGGUGGACAAUGCAGCAGACGACUGGAGGAUAGCCAUGACUUACGAACGCAUCUUCUUCAUCUGUCUGGAGAUCUUGGUGUGCGCCAUACACCCCAUCCCAGGAAACUACACCUUCACCUGGACCGCACGCCUGGCGUACUCCUACAUCCCAUCCAAGACAGACGCAGACGUGGACAUCAUCCUGUCCAUUCCCAUGUUCCUGCGGCUGUACCUCAUCGCUCGAGUCAUGCUGCUGCACAGCAAGCUCUUCACCGACGCCUCGUCCCGCAGCAUCGGUGCACUCAACAAGAUAAACUUUAACACACGCUUUGUGAUGAAAACCCUCAUGACUAUCUGCCCCGGCACUGUGCUGCUGGUCUUCACCAUCUCGCUGUGGAUCAUCGCUGCAUGGACAGUGAGAGCUUGCGAGAGGUACCAUGACAACCAGGAUAUAACCAGCAACUUUCUUGGAGCCAUGUGGUUGAUCUCAAUCACAUUUCUCACUAUUGGUUAUGGGGAUAUGGUCCCACACACAUACUGUGGAAAAGGAGUCUGCCUCCUGACAGGCAUUAUGGGUGCCGGCUGCACUGCUUUGGUGGUGGCCGUAGUGGCGAAGAAAUUGGAACUAACCAAAGCUGAAAAACACGUCCACAAUUUUAUGAUGGAUACCCAGCUGACGAAAAGGGUGAAAAACACAGCUGCGAAUGUUCUCAGGGAGACUUGGCUCAUCUACAAGAACACCAAACUAGUGAGGAAGAUGGACCACGCUAGAGUCAGAAAGCACCAGAGGAAAUUUCUCCAAGCCAUUCACCAAGCUCGAAAAUUGAGAAGUGUUAAAAUGGAGCAACGCAAGCUGAAUGACCAAGCAAACUCACUAGUGGACCUUGCCAAGACUCAGAACAUCAUGUAUGACAUGGUGUCGGACUUAAACGAGCGAGGCGAGGACAUGGAGAAGAGGAUUGCCCUGUUGGAGACAAAGCUGGAGACUCUACUGACUAACUUGCAAGCUCUUCCUGGACUCAUCAGCCAGGUCAUCAACCAGCAGCACAGGGACUUCAUGGAAGUGCAGCUCCAGCCGUAUGACAAACACAACCCCGAGCGCUCGCAGUCGGUGUCACGACGGAGGUCAUCCUCCACGGCGCCACCCACCUCCUCAGAGAGCAGCUAG